AUGACGGCAUGCAAGCCCGUGAGCACGCCCGUGGACACGCACAACAAGCUCUCCGGCGAUGCCGGACCACCGGUGGACGACCCCUCCGACUACCACAGCAUAGUGGGGGCGUUGCAGUACCUGACCAUGACCAGGCCCGACCUGGCGUACGCGGUACAGCAGGCGUGCCUCUCCAUGCAUGACCCGCGCGCCCAGCACCUGGCACUGGUUAAGCGCAUCCUGCGCUACGUCCGCGGCUCCUCCACGCAUGGGUUGCAUAUCAGCCGCUCGUCCGCUCUCGACCUGGUCGCCUACUCCGACGCCGACUGGGCCGGGUGCCCGGACAUGCGGCGCUCGACGUCGGGCUACGCUAUCUUCCUCGGCGACUCCCUCGUCUCUUGGUCGUCGAAACGCCAGCCCACCAUCUCACGGUCCAGCGCGGAGGCGGAGUACCGCGCCGUUGCCAAUGCCGUCGCAGAAUGCUGCUAG